CGAGGAUAAAAAAGGUCACAGCAGAGAAUCCGCAAGUAAAAAGAUGAGUCAAAUAGGAAACAUAGAGCCCUACGUAAUGGGAGAAAGUUUCAAAGAGUAUAUUCAUCGGCUGGAGAUGUAUUUCACCGUCAAUGAUAUUGCGGUAGAAAAAAAAGUACCAGUGUUGAUCACAAUGGCUGGUGCGUCGUUGUAUUCGGUAGCAAUAAAGUUGUGUGCACCGGAUGAUCCACGAGAUAAAACGUAUGCAGAUUUAGUGAAGGUGUUGGAGAAGCAUUUCAAGCCCAACGUGAACGUUGUGUCCGAGCGUUAUCUACUCAGAAAGUGUAAGCAGACAGCGGAACAGUCGAUUGCUGAUUACAUCAUUGAGCUGAAGGCAGCGGCACAGACGUGUGAUUUCGGCAGUUUCUUAUCAGACGCUCUAAGAGAUCAAUUUGUGGCUGGCGUGUACGAUCUGGAGCUUCGCAAACGGCUGCUGAAGAAGGAAGAUUUAAAAUUCGUGCGAGCAUGUGAAAUCGCUCGAUCUUGGGAAGCAGCGCAAGAACAGAACGAGGUAAUGACCGACAGAGAGAGAAACGUGUUGGCGGCCAUGCAGAAAGCAGCAAAGCAGCAACCGGUGAACCAGCAGCGAGGGCAACAGGUGAUGUGUCGGCGGUGCGGCAAAGGUCAUGACCCGUUAAACUGUCCUGCGCGAACCUGGAAGUGUUAUGUGUGUGGGAAGCAAGGGCACGUAGCGAAAGUGUGUCGUGGUCGAUCGUAUCAGAGAGGCGUACGAAAAGUAGAAGGAACUAAUACAAGUGUACCGCAAAUGAUCACGUUAGUGUGCGAUGGAAAAAAGUUAGUUUUUGAAAUAGAUUGUGGUGCGUGUGCGAGUGUGAUCUCGCAAAAGACAUAUACGGAUGUAUUUAGCGAAGUAGAGGUGAAGCCGACCACCAUGUCUUUUAUAUCGGCGUCGGGUCAAUCGUUAAAACCCAUCGGUAAAAUUGAAGUGAAGAUUAGGAUGCCGAAGGCGGAAAAAGAAGAAAAGUUAGAGUUGGUGAUUAUACCUACGGAAAGGGAAGUAAGUCCUUUAUUAGGACGAGAUGGGUUGGAUUUAUUAUUUCCAAACUGGAGAAAAGUGUUUGAGAUAAAAGUAAUAGAAACGGAUCUAGUUAUGGAAAUAGCAAAGAAAUUUCCGAAAGUUAUAAAAUCAGGAGAGAACGAAACAAUUGAAGGUUUCAAGGCGGAUUUAGUAUUAAAGGCAGGUUGUGGUCCUGUAUUUCAUAAAGCGUACCCAGUGCCAUACUCAAUGCAGACGAAAGUAGAAGAAGCUUUAGACAAGCUUGUAGCAGAAGGUGUUUUACGGCCAACACGAUUUUCAAAAUGGGCAAGUCCAAUUGUUAUAGUGAAGAAGCAAGAUGGAAGGUAA